UAUCCACUAACAGUCGACCAGAAACCUAUCACAAUGGGUCACGAAGAUGCUGUUUAUCUGGCCAAGCUCGCCGAGCAGGCCGAGCGCUACGAAGAGAUGGUCGAGAACAUGAAGGUUGUCGCCUCGGCCGAUGUAGAGCUUACUGUUGAGGAGCGCAAUCUCCUGUCCGUCGCCUACAAGAACGUUAUUGGUGCCCGCCGUGCUUCCUGGAGAAUCGUCACCUCUAUUGAGCAAAAAGAAGAGUCCAAGGGCAACGAGUCCCAGGUUUCCCUCAUUAAGGAGUACCGUCAGAAGAUCGAGUCUGAGCUCGCCAAGAUCUGCGAUGAUAUCCUCGAGGUUCUCGACAAGCACCUGAUCCCCUCUGCCCAGAGCGGCGAGUCUAAGGUCUUCUACCACAAGAUGAAGGGUGACUACCACCGUUAUCUUGCCGAGUUCGCCACCGGUGACCGUCGUUCGGGCGCUGCCGAUGCCUCUCUCGAGGCCUACAAGGCCGCCACUGAAGUCGCUCAGACCGACCUUGCUCCUACCCACCCCAUCCGUCUGGGUCUGGCUCUUAACUUCUCCGUCUUCUACUACGAGAUCCUGAACUCCCCUGACCAGGCUUGCCACCUGGCCAAGCUUGCUUUCGAUGAUGCCAUUGCUGAGCUUGACACCCUGAGCGAGGAGAGCUACAAGGACUCCACCCUGAUCAUGCAGCUUCUCAGAGACAACCUGACCCUCUGGACCUCGUCUGAGGCUGAGCCGGCUGCUGAGAACGCUUCCACCGAGAAGAAGGAGGAGGCCCCCGCUGCUGAGGGCGAGAAGCCCGCCGCCGAGUAA